AUGACAACAACUUUAAAUCGACAAUAUAAGAAAGAUUCAUGUCGAACCCUAGUUGGUUUUCUUCGAUGUCUUGUAGGACAGAGAACACAACUUGAUCUUUAUGGUGGUAUUAUGGUUGUUGGUACACUUCUUGAUAUUGAUGUUAAUCAUAAUAUUCAAUUAUCUCAAGUAACAAUGUCUCGACCAUUGAAUAAAUCCAUAUCAUUUAAUCGUUUAUAUAUUCGAUAUACAAAUGUACGUUAUAUUCGUAUUCCAGAUGAAAUCGAUGUUAUGGAAACUAUUCGUCAAGAUAUUAAACGAAUGAAUCCAAAAGCAAGUGAUAUUAUUGGUGGUGCACAGAAGAAAAAGCAUGUAAAAAAAGGAAGAGAAUAUGAAAAAAAUUUACCACCACUACGACCAGAUGAUUUCUAUGAUUAA